AGCUAAGGCAUAGUAUAUUAUAUGAUGACGAGCUUUUGCAACAAAAAAGUCCACCCUUUCAUAUGUUUACCAAAUUCCAAACACAACGGAACAGAGAUAGACUUUUCCCUCCCCCGUCCAGAUAUUUUCACCGCCGCUUCAAUCGGUGGUGACACCCCCAUGACACCGCCAGCCGCCGUCGAGAAAAAAGAUCCAGGCGGAUUUGGAUUCCUAGAUGAAGUUGGUGGUACUGUUGAUGGACUAAUGUCUUGUACAGAGACUCUAGGUUUCGAGAGUUCCGAUGAGAGGUCAGUUGAUGAUCAAAUUGAGGAUAAUCAUCAUGAAAUAGAUUUGUUUCCUACUAGGAAUUCAUAUUAUGGUACCAAUAAUAUGGCUAGUACUAAUAAUUCUAGGAGCUCGCAAAGAGGUAAUUUGGAGAAGAAAGAAAAGACGAAGAAGUUUCCACCGCCAUUAUCAUCCUUAAGCCAAGACGGAAAGCCAAAUUUCUUCCUGCGUGCUGUGAGGAAAGAUGGACGGUUAGAAUUAACAGAAGUGAAAAUUGGUUGGCAAAAAACUCUCCUUGCUUCUCGCCAAGAUGGACGGUUGAGAUUGCAUCUCAUUCCCAAUGAAAAAGAAGAAGAAGAAGAGGAGGAAAACGAAGAUUUUCCCGUGGAAACAGAGAAACACCUAAACGAUGAAGAGAUUGAAACAGUUGAAGAAAAUGAACACCUAGACGAUGAUGGAGUGAUUGAAACAAUUGAAGAAAAUGAUGAUGAGAUAAUUGAUGAUGACGAUGAAGAAGAAAAGGUUGAGGAGUGGAAGUUUCCGAUGACGAGUAGUGCAAGUGGAGAUGCCCAUCGGAGAUGUUACGGUGGCCACCAUGGCCACCGCCAUAACAACUUACAUGUGUGGAGGCAACGCUGUGUUACAACUAGGUGAAGUAAUUACAUGGAAAUUAAGUUUAUUAAAUGAAGUGGAGACACAGAAAUGGCCAUGCAUGUGAAUAUGUUUUUCUUUCAAGUCAGGGG